UUGACUCUUUUUUUUUUUGCUUUUUUUUAGACCUACCUAUACCUCAGUCUUAGGAAAAAGAAAAGGGGUUGGCAUAGAGAGAACCAAAUUUGUAAAGCAAGCAAACCCACGCUUCGGGAAGGUGAGGCGAACUAACAAUUCCUUCCGUCGUGUAUCCUCGAUUGAUGCGGCUUCAGAUACUUCAAUUGUAGAUUUGAGUAUUGAGCGAAAGGUUACACCUACAGGAUAUGGUAUGGUAUGGAUUACAGGCCACUCUAUUAGUAUCCGUAGGCAGCAUAGGGGAGAAAAGCACUACACCUAGAAAUAGGAAUCAACAAGAGAAAAACUUUGGUAGAAAUUACCCCUUUCCUGAUCGGUAUCAGGGCUGGGAAGAAUGGUUGGGAUAACAAACAACCAUCAGGUUUGUACUUUGGAUACCCCUAUAACCAUCAAAGAUCGUUGAAGUAGCUAAUUCCUCUAAAUAGGAGGCGUUGAGAACAAAGAAAUUAUUGGAGCUAUCGUUUUCCUCUAGCAUUAAUAGAAUUCAUUGGUGUUAAGAAAAACCUCUUGUGGGAAGGUUGGCUAGAGAUUUCUUGGAAAAAUACCAGCCCCUUUCGGUUCAUAAUGAGACGGGACUAAUUCUAUUUUGAUUCUAUAGAUUAAGAUUAUUUCGCUUAGUACUAUUAUGUACAGAAGGGAGGAGCCGUAUGAGAUGAAAACCUCAUGUACGGUUUUGGAACGGAGAUUUUUUGAAUAGAAUGAACGACCGUAACGGAUGUUGGCUCAAUCCGAAGGAAAUUAUGCGGAAGCUUUGCAAAAUUAUUAUGAAGCUACGCGACUAGAAAUCGAUCCCUAUGAUCGAAGUUAUAUACUCUAUAACAUAGGCCUUAUACACACAAGCAAUGGAGAGCAUACAAAGGCUUUGGAAUAUUAUUUCCGGGCACUAGAACGAAACCCCUUCUUACCGCAAGCUUUUAAUAAUAUGGCCGUGAUCUGUCAUUACGUGCGACUAUCUCCACUAUAGAAAGACAAAAAAAGAGAGGAUCAAAUUUUCUAGUAAAUACUGGAAAAAAGGGCUUUCUACAUAGGGAUCGUAAAAACAACGAUUUUUCCCUAUCAGCUGUAGGAAGGAAGGACACUUCACGAGAAUCAAAAAACGAAGAAAGUAUGGCCUAUACUACUACUCUAUGGAUAAAGUUUCUCAAAUUGAUAGAGAAAGCACCGUAAAGAUCAAUUAGUGAGCGACUGGGUCGAUACAACUAAAAAAAACUGCUUACUUAUCCCAUGAUAUGGGGCAAAAUUUAGGAAUCCGCUUAUGUAAUAGAGCCGAUCCACUAAGGGAUUAAGCAGCGGUGUAGUAUCAGAUCCCAAAGAUAGUAAGUUCUUUUUUCUUUCUUAUGGAAAAAAGUCUUUUUCAAGGAUUCUAUAGAGAUUUCAUAUAUGAAACCGGGAUAGUUACCUUUCAGAAAAUUUGAACGAAGGCUCUAUAUCUAUCUAUGCUUCAUUCUUCUGAAGGUGGGAAAAAAGAUCAAACUAAUUAUUGAGAAAAAUUAGGGUUUGAAACUUAGGUAAUUAAUUUCUUCUGCUUAACACAAGAACAAAUUGGAUCGAUUUUUGAUAAAUCGAAUUCAGUUAAGAUAGGGGAAAUUAAGAUAGCAAUUUCUGAGCCGUAUGAGGUAGGAAACUCUCAAGUACGGUUCUAAGGGAAGGAACUGCCUAUUCCGACCGAGGAGAACAGGCCAUUCUAGAGGGUGAUUCGGAAAUUGCGGAAGCUUGGUUUGAUCAAGCUGCUGAAUAUUGGAAACAAGCUAUAGCGCUUACUCCGGGAAAUUAUAUUGAAGCACAAAACUGGUUGAAGAUUACGAAGCGCUUUGAAUUUGAAUAAGACCAUGCUCCUUUUUUUUCCUAAAAUGGAUGGUUUGGUUGUUGAUCCAUUAAUCAAAUAAAUUAGGUCGUAAGAUCGAAUCAAGAAUUUCAUUAUAUCCAUUUCUUAUACCUUCUAUUUUAUAAGAUAUUUCAUAAGAAUAAACCAUAGGGAUAGGGUCUAGAAUAGAAGUAAUAAAGUGAAUAAAAAAAAGGGGGCCAAUCUAAAUAUUGCUAAUAUAUUAGAACCAUCUUAUUAAUAAUUCUAAUGAGUUAUCUUGGAAUUUAGAAUCAAAUAAAAAAUAAAAAACCCUAUAUUAUGCUCAAGGAAAGUAGAUAUAGAUAGGAGCUUAUGCCCUAAAAAAAAAUACACUAGUUUCUUAAAUUUAAAAUAAAAAAGAUUUUUUCUUACGCCGAGAAAUAUUUGUUUUUUCAAGAUAAACAAUGUCCGUUAGGCACCUAACCUUUAUGUCAUAAUAGAUCCGAACACUUGCCUCGGAUUGACUUUAAUAUAUAAUUGCUCCAGUGAAUAACUAAAAAAAAAGAAGGGUGGUAGUAUAGUAAAGAAAAGAACUAAUCACAAUAUCUAUCUUUCAAAAUCUAUCUUUCAAAAUCUAUCUUUCAAAGAUUCACUAAAAAAAAAGACAGUUGGCGGGUCUCUUUGUAUGUCUUGUCCGGAAAGAGGAGGAGUUAAUGAUUAUUCGUUCGCCGGAACCAGAAGUAAAAAUUGUUGUGGAUAGGGAUCCUGUAAAAACAUCUUUUGAGGAAUGGGCGAGACCCGGCCAUUUCUCAAGAACACUAGCUAAGGGCCCUGAUACUACCACUUGGAUCUGGAACCUACAUGCUGAUGCUCACGAUUUCGAUAGUCAUACUGGUGAUUUGGAGGAGAUUUCUAGAAAAGUUUUUAGUGCUCAUUUCGGGCAACUUUCCAUUAUCUUUCUUUGGUUGAGUGGCAUGUACUUUCAUGGUGCCCGUUUUUCCAAUUAUGAAGCAUGGCUAAGUGAUCCUACUCACAUUGGACCCAGUGCUCAGGUAGUUUGGCCUAUAGUAGGGCAAGAAAUAUUGAAUGGUGAUGUAGGUGGGGGUUUCCGAGGAAUCCAAAUAACCUCUGGUUUUUUUCAGCUUUGGCGAGCAUCUGGAAUAACUAGUGAAUUACAACUCUAUUGUACUGCAAUUGGUGCAUUGGUUUUUGCAGCGUUAAUGCUUUUUGCUGGUUGGUUCCAUUAUCACAAAGCCGCUCCCAAAUUGGCCUGGUUCCAAGAUGUAGAAUCCAUGUUGAAUCACCACUUAGCGGGAUUAUUAGGACUUGGGUCUCUUUCUUGGGCGGGACACCAAAUUCAUGUAUCUUUACCAAUUAACCAAUUUCUUGACGCUGGGGUGGAUCCUAAAGAGAUACCACUUCCUCAUGAAUUUAUCUUGAAUCGGGACCUUUUGGCUCAACUUUAUCCUAGUUUUGCCGAAGGAGCAACCCCUUUUUUCACUUUAAAUUGGUCCAAAUACGCAGAAUUUCUGACUUUUCGUGGAGGACUAGAUCCAGUAACCGGUGGUCUCUGGCUGACCGAUAUUGCACACCAUCAUUUAGCUAUUGCUAUUCUUUUCCUAAUCGCAGGUCAUAUGUAUAGGACCAACUGGGGUAUUGGCCAUGGACUUAAAGAUAUUUUGGAGGCUCACAAGGGCCCAUUUACAGGACAAGGCCAUAAGGGUCUUUAUGAAAUCUUAACAACGUCAUGGCAUGCUCAAUUAUCUCUUA